AUGAUGAUCGUUCAAGGUUUAGUGUUACUAUUGCUUUUGUCAAUAGUACCUACUAAUAGUCUUAUAUGUUAUGAAUGUGGAUGUGAUCAGAGUGAUACAGCUGCGUGUGACUGUGAUACCACAAGUGAUAUAACUGAUAAUGAUUAUUGUGUUAUCCUGGAACAAAGAUAUGUUGGCACAACAUAUAUUCAACUAAGUCGAAUUCCUCGUAAUUCAAGUUGGAUUUAUAUUGAAGAUCCUUAUUAUAUUCUUACACAUGAAUCGAUUAGAUAUAAUCUAACAACUAGCCAAUGGUAUUUAUGGACAUUUAUUGUUGUAUAUGGAUGUGAUUGGGAUCUUUGUAAUGCUCCAAAUCUUAUCAAUUCAUUGCCUAAUUCAUUCAAGUAUAAUAUUAAUUCAAUUUGGCUAGAUUUAAAUAUUUAUGGUACUGGUGCGGUUACUUCUUGUCAUCAUUGUGACACAGAAGUAUGUGGUAAUGUGACAAAUUCGAGUGAUUUUAUUCAAUGUCAAAUGGUAACUUGUGAUACUAAUAUAACAUCGUGUUUAACCUAUGACUUAUGGAAUAAUGUUGCUACGGGUGAACAAUGUUAUCAAUCACAAUGUGCACCAGAAUAUUUGAAUGGAGAAUUUGCUGAAAGUUAUGGUGGUAAAUACAGAAUUGAUAUUGAAGCAGUUGUUUAUUUAGCACAAGAUCGUUCAAAAUAUGAUAUUUGGGAGUUAGAUGUAUUUUGUGCAGUUAAGAAUUGUACUCGACCAACUAUUUUUCAAGAAGUAUCACAACAACUUACCAUGGAAAUUGGUGAUUUAUCGGCAUUUCCACCUACUCGACCAUUAACAACACAUGCAUCUACUACAACUACACCAAUACCAGAUCCUUUAAGAUGCUACAGCUGUGAUUGUUCUGAUGCGUCAACAUGUCCAUGUUCAUCAACCGUCGUAAGUUCACUUGAUUAUACUUAUUGUGUUAUUAUACGUGAACACUAUGGUCAAGAUGUGUGGACUUCUUUACGACAUAUUGAUCAAAAUUCAACCCGGGUGCAUAUUCAAGAUUUUCCUUAUUUACUCGUUAGAGAAUCAAUUUUAUAUGAUGAACAACUCAUCCAAUGGAAUACAACAACAAAUUCUAUUGUUUAUGGAUGUAAUUAUGAUUUAUGUAAUCAUCCAAGUCUUAUACCAUAUAUGUCAAAUAGCUUUCAAAUGUAUGUUCAAGAAGAUUGGUUAAAUACAAAUGUUAAAGGUACUGGACAACCAGUUCGUAAUUGCCAUGAAUGUCCUGAGGAACCUCAAUGUGGUACAAGUGAUUUUCUUGAUGCAAGUCGAUGUCCUAUUCGUGAAUGUAAUACAACAUGUCUUGUUUCUGAUAUAUUUGAUAAACCAAAUGAUGAUUUACAAUGUUAUCAAUCAUUUUGUGCUCCAUCUGAUUCCGAGCAUUUUCAUAUUGAUACAAAUCGAGUGGAUAUCGAAGGUUUAUUGUAUCUUAAUAAAGAACCAUAUACUGUUGAAUUGUGGGAAGUUGAUAUUUAUUGUCGAGCUGAUGAUUGUUCUCGGCCAGAAAUAUUUAGUGAACUUAAAUCUAACCUCACUGUCGUUAUCGGUGAUUUAGGUCCUCUUGAUCCACAAACAUCAACAAGUUCACAGUCCACAAACAAUCCAUCGACAACCACUCAGUCGACGACUAAUCCACCAACUACAACAUCAACGGCAUCACUCUUAUCAGGUGAUAGUUUAUUUAUAUCAUUAUAG